AUGCUCAACAGGAGUGGACGCAGGUUAAUGGGACUGCUGCUAAGAAAUGCUAAACUAGUUAAUGGCCACUUGAAAGCAAAACUUUUGUGUAAAUGCAAAGAUCUGGACAUCCGCUACCAGAUCGAGGCGGGAAACGAAGACGGAGCCUUCUCCAUAGACGGCGACACAGGAAGUGUCUCUGUGGCGGGGCAGCUCGAUUUCGAGAAUCGCAAAAUGUACGAGCUGCGUCUGGCGGCGAUGCGAGGACAAGGGCCUUCAGCAGUGGGUCGUGCAGAGCUCCUAGUGACGGUGCUGGACGUCAACGACGAGCCGCCAGUGUUCCAGCAGCCCGUGUACCGUGCAGAGCUGCAGGAGGAGGAGGACCCCGCUCACCUGCCUAGAACCAUCCUCACGGUCAAAGCUGUGGACGGUGAUACAGGGCGGCCGCAGGAUGUGGUGUACUCCAUCUCAGGGCCCGGCGUCGUCGUUGCAGGAACCGACGAGGGGUUCUUCAGCGUGGAUGCGAACACUGGGGACGUGUUCGUGCACAAGCCGCUGGACCGCGACCCCCCGUACGGCCGUCCCCUGUGGCGCUUCACGGCGUUCGCGCAGGACGAGGGCGGCGCCGGAUUGGUAGGCUACGCAGACGUGCAGGUAUCACUCGCCGACGUCAACGACAACGCGCCCGCUUUCCCGCACCAGCUCUACCACGGACAGGUCAUCGAAAACGCUCCGGCAGGGACUUUCAUCCUGAAUGUGACGGCAGAAGACAAUGACGACCCAGACGAGGGGAGCAACGCCAGACUUAGGUACUACAUUGACAAGAAUGCCGUGGAUGAGACUACAGGUUCUGCCAUAUUUAAAAUCGACGCAGACACGGGAGAGAUAUCGACAGCUAUCUGCUGCUUGGAUCGCGAACGGACUCCCGCUUACUCCAUCCAGGUAGUCGCCACGGACGGUGGUGGGUUCGAAGGGACAGCUACCGUAUCUAUUACUGUAAAGGACGUCAACGAUACACCGCCAGAGUUUUCGAAAGUUGAGUGGUUCGUGGAAGUGGACGAAUCUGACGGCGGUAGUGUGCUGGAGAAGCCGAUUCUUACAGUGACAGUACGUGAUCAGGAUGAGUUUAGCAUGUUGCAGUACGAGGUGGUUCGAAACAGCGGUUAUGGAUCAGACAAAUUUUCUCUCGAGAGGAAUAGUGAUGGAACUGCAUCGUUGAAAGCAAUUAAGCCAUUGGACUAUGAAGACGUCCACGGCAACGUAUUGAGAUUCAAGAUUCAAGUUACCGAUAAGAAUGAGAAUGAUACUACACAGCAACACCAUACGACUUACUCGUGGGUUUCUGUUAAACUCAGGGACAUCAACGACAACUUCCCAGUAUUUCAACAGCGCAAUAUUGAGGUUGCAAUAUCAGAAGACGCUACUGUGGGAAAAGUAAUUGCAGCCUUUGAAGCGAGAGAUGCAGACCAGAACGGAAAAAGUGGUGUGACUUACGCCAUAGACCAAAACUCCAAUAGAGGAAGGCACUUCCACGUAAAUUACUUUGGUCAGGUGCUUCUCGAGAGAGAACUCGACAGGGAAGACGUGUCUCGUCAUGUCGUGAACAUUCUAGCAAUUGAUGAUGGAGUUCCUCCCAAGACAUCAACAGCAACACUAACAGUGAUUGUUAAAGAUAUUAAUGACAAUGCUCCACAUCUCUUAGAGAACUAUGAAGCUGUAUUAACUGAAAAUACUUCCCCUAAAGAGAUAAUAGAAAUACUGGGAGCUGACAGUGAUGAUUAUUCUAGAAAUAAUGGGCCUCCUUUCACAUUCAAGAUGGAUCCAAUUGCAAAUGAACAAAUUAGAUCAUCAUUUUCGGUUCAUUUUGAUCAAAAGGGCCCAAAUGGUCAUGGUUCAGCGAUUAUAUCAUCACUGAGAUCGUUUGAUCGAGAGCAACAGAAAGAAUAUCUGGUGCCUGUGUUGGUGAUAGAUUCCGGUUAUCCUCCACUCACAGGAACUUCUACAGUAAAAAUUAUUAUUGGUGAUAUUAAUGAUAACAAGAUGAAAUUUGGGAGGAAAAAUAUACUAGUUUACAAAUACAAGGAUCAAACUCCAGAAACAGAUAUUGGAAGGAUAUACGUUGAAGAUCCAGAUGACUGGGAUCUACCUGACAAGAAAUUCUUCUGGAAUACACAUGAACAUCGUAGAUUCAGAAUCAAUGAAGCCUCUGGAAUGAUUACAAUGAAGCGCAACACACCAGAUGGAAUAUACAAUUUGGUAUUCAGAGUGCAAGACCACAAACAUAAACAAAACAAUGUGUCUGCUAUUGUUACUGUUACUGUAAAGCAUAUUUCCCAUGAUGCUAUUAUUAACUCUGGCUCAUUGAGAAUUUCUAAUUUGUCUGAUGAAGACUUUAUCAAAGAAUGGAACUAUAUGGUAAUUUUUAUGGAGGAAAGUAAGGCAGAACAACUUAAGACUGUUUUGUCAGAAGUUCUCAACACUCAACGGGAAAGUGUGGAUAUUUUCAGUGUUAAUGGACACAGAUCAUUUCCACCCGUUCUGGACAUUUUCUUUACUAUAGAAAGGAAAACCAAACUUGAUCUGAUUAUGGCUGGAAUACACUACUGUUUUAUUGACAAAAUUAAUUGUCAAGAUCUGUGCAUUGACAGCUACAGAAUAGGCAGCCGUCCAGUCUUAGUUGACGCCAAUACAACAUCACUAGCAGGAAUUUCAGUAGUUAUUACAGCAAAAUGUAAUUCAGCCACACAAAAUUUUGCUGCAGCUAACACAUGUAAUGAAAGACAUUGUUAUAAUGGUGGCUACUGCAUAAAGGAAAAAAGCAGUGUAAGCUGUGCCUGUCCAAGUGGGUAUGAAGGACCCCGCUGCCAACAAACUGUGAGAAGCUUUCAAGGAAAUGGCUGGGCUUGGUUCCAAUCAAUCCAGCCACAGGCUGAAAACCAUGUAAGUUUAGAAUUUCUAACCUAUAAAGAAGACGGAUUGCUGUUCUACAAUGGUCCAUUAUCUCCCAUCAUAAUAGAUGGGGUUACUAUAUCAGAUUAUAUUGCAUUGGAAUUAAAAAGUGGUGAGCCUAGACUACUUUUUCAUUUAGGUCAUGAUACCACUGAGAUAUUUAUAAAAGUAAAGAAGAAGCUGAAUGAUGGAAUGUGGCAUCAGAUUGAUUUAUUUUGGGGUUCUGAGAAUGUUCAUCUCAUACUAGAUUACUGCAAAUCAGCUGAUGUUGUAGAACUACAAGACAUGAAAACAUCAUUGUUUAAUGGAACAAGUUGCCUCGUAAAGGCCAAAGUUUCUAAGUUCAGUGAGCGUUUGAAUUUAAACAGUCCUUUACAGAUUGGUGGCAUUUACCGGGAAGAAAUACCACCAGAAAUCUAUAAAUGGAAUGCAAGUCCAAAUGCAAUAGGUUUUGAAGGGUGUAUACGGAAUUUCUAUUCUAAUGGACAGAUUUUGGACUUGGCUGAUGUGUUGUUGUCAGUUGGCACAGUACCUGACUGCCUUCAAACAAAACUUGCAUGCAGCACAGUAAACUGCUCUGGGCAUGGAGUCUGUCAAGCUGACUUUACAGAGAGAGCACCAUGGUGUUUGUGUGACGCUGGCUGGAGUGGGCCCUCAUGUUCUUCACCUACACAACCAGUCACAUUUCUACCUCAUAGCUACAUUAAGUUUGCACUAUCUUUUGAAAUUGGCCAUUUCACAACACUUAUGCAGUUACGGUUCAGGACUGAGGAGAAAGACGGUGAGCUGUUUCGUCUUGCUGACCAGCAGUCACUUGAAUAUGCAGUCCUUGAGAUAAAUAAUGGAAACCUAUACUUUCGUUAUAACUUAAACAGAAUGAAUAUUGAAGAGAAGUACAUCUGCUUAUGUUACAUUUCUGUUGAUGAUGGAUACUGGCACACAGCAAAGGUUUCUCGAUAUGGCUCUUUAUCAAUAUUGGAACUAGAUGAUGGUGAAUUCUUGAGAAGAAAUCAGACAUCACUGUUUGAAGGUCACCAGUGGUUGGUAAUUGACAAACAAGAAGGUGCUCAUGCUGGUGGGAAGGCAGAGCAUACUGGCAUAAAUACAUUAGAAAUAUAUGCUGAUUACAGAAAUGGUUGUGUGGAUGACAUACGGUUAGAUGGAAGACCUCUUCCACUGCCUCCAGUAGCCAAUGUUACCCAAUGGGGACAGGCAACAGUGGCACUUAACUUGGAGUUUGGCUGUAGCUUUCCUUCAGACUGCAACUCCAUAAUUUGUACAGAACCAGUGAAAUGUAAUGACAAAUUGAGACAACAUAAAUGUAUGUGCAAUGAUGUUCAUGUUUUGGCUACAAAAAGUAAGAACUGCAUUGGAAAUAACUGUUUAAGUACACCUUGUACUAGUUCUGGAAAUUGCCUGCCUCACCAUUCAGAGUUUCACUAUGACUGCUUAUGCACUGAUGGAGUAACUGACAUAAACUGCAAAUUUAAUGGAGGCAAAAAGACUGGCGAUCUUAAUGCUUGGGUUUUAACGGUCUUAUCAUCUGUAGUCAUCUUUAUAAUUGUUUUGCCUGUCCUGUUUCUUCUGUGUAAAUACUACUACAGAAAUCAUGGAAGGUCUCGAACACAAAUGGAUGCUCAAACAAGUACAAGUCAAUAUGCUGAUAAUAGAGGAAAUGAAGAGCACGGUGUCUCUUUGAACAUGAAACAACUGAUACCUCAUCCUCAUGAAAAUGAAGUCACAGUUUCACUGGAACUACAAAGUAACUAAAAUGCACUUGAUGAAAAGGAGCAAACUGGUUCAGAUGAGCUCACACAGCAUUGAGAAUGAAAGAAGAAAGAAUAGAGGAAGAGAUAAAUAAUUAUCAUCAGCAAGUAUUUCCAUGACCCAAUAUAUGUCAACCAAUUUUCAUUCACACUGCUUCAGAAUUAUGUUUCAACAGUGAAACAAAGUAUCUUGUAUCAGCAGUAUUAUGAAUCCUCCAUGUCAACUGUAUCAGCAAGAUGCCUCCAUCAAAGCUUUACAUGUAGUGAUACAUAUAUUUUUACACAAAUGAAGUAUGAAGUUUGUAUAUGCCUUUUCUGUACUAUAUGGACCUCCAAUGAAUAACUUAUUUUUAUAGCAAUGUGCCUGCUACACACUGCAGCUGUUAAGCUAGUGUAGUUGGAUGACCAAUAUAUGACUGAA